AUGCCGCCUCCUCACCAGGAGAAUCUGCGCGUCCUCGCCAUCAUCCUCAUAAUCUUCUGGCUCACCACGUCCUCGGGCGACGGGCAGGCGGGCUACUUUGCGACUCCCUUCCUGACACAGGAGCGUCUCGCGCGCCAGCGCCACUCGUUCUCCGUCCUGAACUCGACAAAAUGGGGCGACUUCAACCCGAGAAAGCUGGGCGACCCGCCGAACGGGACCGAACACACGCGCUACAUCAACAUUACGGGCUUCAGGCAGGCCGAUGGCCUCGAUUGGGAAGACUUGGGUCUGUUCAGAGAGCGGUGCUUGGAGACUAGCCGGAGUACAAGCCCUCUGUGGUCGCAACCAAAAGCAGAGGAUGGCGAAUCUGUCCUUGAAACUAGGGAAGAUGGGGUGCUGACGAAGUCAAUGUGGGACUCGGCAGGCAUCCCGACGUGGUUGAACGCGACUGGGUUGUUGAAGGGUUCUUGGACGCGCAGAGAGAUAUCUUCUCCCAGGACUUGGUCCGAUUAUAACUUCACGGCCAUGACGCCUGGCGUGAGUUGGAGCGGGACGCACGGCGAGUGGAACAGAAACGUGACGGGCUCUGAAGGAACGAUGCAACUACGAGUUGAGGACAAGAAGCGACACAUGGAAUACGAAGAGAACAUCGAUGUCAACGAUUUCGACGAGCACCAUCGGCUCAGCACGGGCGGUUCAGUCCGCGAAGUCGCCGCGGGACUGAUCAUCGAGGACUCGGGCCAUGACGGGAGCGGGAGUAUGUACGAGAUGAGGUUGCAUGGAGUCCACUGGCCGGCGCAGGGAAACAUGCUACUGACCACAACGAGCGAGAAGUUUGCGGGUAUCUUUGGACUACCCCAUCUUACUCCCGACGAAAGUUUCUUCCGUUCGAGCCAGCGACUGCUGAACCAGACCAUUCACGACGCCCUCAGCAAGAAGGAACGGUCCUCUUUUGCGGACCAGAGCAACCCUUGGACAUCGAGUGUCGGGGGCGUAGAGGAUUCGUGGAAUCCCUCGCCCCACUGUGAAUGGGUUGUCUACCUCCAGGUGCAUCCCCUGAGUGGCAACGACCUGCAACACUCCGACAACGAAAUAGGCGACAUUGUUAAGGAGCUCGAGAAUGAGCUGCGAUACCCCACUGGGGCUCCAAUGCCUCACGUGCCAGAGAUGAGGAUGUCCGCCGUGGUGUACUCGCCGGACUGUGCCUACUUCCUCGAGUCCAAAGGCCCGCCACACUUCCCCGAGGCGCAGGGAAACCAUCUCACCGGCUUCAAAGAGGAGGUGUGGAUCUACGAUCUGAACUUCUAUCUCUUGGUAAUGGCUGCCAUUGUGUUUGGACAAGUUCACCUGCUCAAGGCCCAGAUGAAGGAGUCGUAUACUCCGUCAACUAUGGGUCGAGUCAGUUUUUGGACGAUCAUUAUGAUGGUGCUAGUCGAUGGCAUGAUGUUUACUGUUGCCGCCGCGCUGAGCCUUGACUCUCCAUUCUUCCUCCGUGCGUUGGUAUUGACAUUUGCUCUAUUCAUGUCCAUGAUGAUUGGGGGCAGCUUCCUGGGUGAGAUCUACAAGGUCCAGGAGUCGGAAUGGCGGCCCCGAGAGCGCGAGCAUACUCCCACCAGCAAUACGCCGCGGCCUCCGUCAACACCUGCUGUGACAGAGGACUCUUUACCUCGACCUGUCACUGCGAGUGCUGCUGCGGCUGUCAGCCCUCCGAUUAUUGUCCCCUUUGACCAAGACGUCGAUGCUGAGAUUGCCGAGAACACGGCUGCAGGAGCAGCGGCCGUUCCUACCCCAGGCACGACAGCUACGGGGCCCCAGCAGUCGAGAGUGACACCAUUCUCAAGCAUCAUCGGGCGGCUCUUCCUCGCCGGUUCAUGCAUCAGCUUUCUCUCACUGGCCGCUACGUCGUGGUGGAGGCCGCUCCGGAGUGUGUACGUCAACACCAUGGUGUUUGCCUACCUUUCACUCUGGGUCCCUCAGAUCAUCCGCAACACAUACCGCAACAGCCGCCGCGCUUUCUCGUGGCGCUUCAUGAUCGGCCAGUCGGCCCUGCGGAUCCUGCCGGUGGCGUACUUCUACCUGCACAAGCGCAACGUGAUAUUCGCCGAGACGGACUGGAAGGCAUUUUUUGUCCUGGCUGGGUGGCUGUGGUCGCAGCUCUGGGUGCUCGCGUUCCAGGACGUCCUCGGCCCACGCUUCGGCAUGCCCAAGGGCUGGAUGCCCGAGGCGUGGGAUUACCACCCCAUCCUGCGCGAGGACAACCUCGAGGCCGGCGGCCUGCCGAUCGGGCUCGUGCCGUCUACUUCUACCCCUGGGUCCCCCACCCUGGAGCGCGUACGUUCUCUUAGCUUGAGCAGCGUGGAGGGCAGAGAGAAGAGCUCAACUGCCGUGAAGGGAAUGCGCAUCCGGGCGAUUGAGUGCGCCAUCUGCCAGGAGGCCCUGGAGGUGCCGGUCGUCAAGGCUGGGCAGGAGGUCGAGCCUGCCGGCGGCGGUGUUGCCGAAGGUCCAUUCUCCUACAUCCGCACCUCCGAACACUGGCAACAGCUCGCGCACGAGCGCUCCUGGUACCUGGCAGACUACCGUCAGCCUCUGGUGUCCCUGUGCCUGGUAUCGAGACGCUUCCGGGACGUUGCCCAGCAGAUUCUCCACCAUGAGUUCGUGCUCGGGUACGGCGACUCGUGGCGAUCGACCUCCUCGUCGUGGGACAGGCGACUAACGUCCUUCCUGCGGACGGUUGGCCGGCGCGCCGAUCUGGCGGCUGUAGUAAGGAGGGUGUCCCUGCACCCGAGACUGUUGGAGGCGACGGAUCUCAAUGAUGCCGGGGCUCUCGUGGAGCUUCGGAGCAUGCCGGUGACUCGCCCACCGGCCGUCCCAGAAGCGGUAGAUGUACCGAUGCCAUCCGAAAUUCCUUACCGCAUGUUGGGCGUCAAGACUCGCUUGUAUAAUGUCGACUUAUACAUUUCUACCGAGAGCUUCCGCGAGAAACACGCGCUUGGUCUCGAGCUCUCGGUGAUUUUGAUAAGCCGCUUGCCAGAUGUCGAGCGCCUGAGCAUCCAGCAGACUGUGACCGACUACGACACUCCCUUCCUUUCAGAGCUGCGAUCGCUGGAUGUGGCUAAACGACCACGCCUUCUCAAGACUCUUGACCUCGCUACGCACGACCACUUGCCAGAACUCAUGAUCAGGAUGCCCUCGCAGGCGGCUGGCGUCUUCGAGCUAGCCAAGCACGCAUUGCAGACACUGAACCUCCACAUGUGCAGAGGUUUCUGGACCAAGACGGAACACGCACCUACCUUCACUUCACUCAAGACCCUUCGCCUGACCCACAGCCUCCUGAUCGGCGCGGAGCUCAAGGUCCUGCUGUCGUGCUGCCCCGCCGGCCUCACCUCCUUCACGUACGAGGCUGCCAAGUCGCACUGGGCUUUCCAUGGCUUCGACCAGUUCCAACCAUCAGAGGCCAUCGAGUACCUGACGGCGCACAGGAGCACGCUUAAGGCCCUGCACCUAGAUCUGAGGAACGUUAGCUCCUACCUGUGGGCCCAGCUCGCCGUUCCAGCCAGCCUGGCGGACUUCACCGCGCUGGAGGACCUGUUUCUCAGCGUCAAUACGUUCUGGGGGGAGGACUCCACACAGCCUCUCGAUGACGCCGACGGCGCGCAGCUCCUCCUCCAGGAGCGACUCCCGGCCAGCACGACAUCGCUGGCAUUCGCCGGUUUCUCAUGGGAUCACAAGCGUUUGCAACUGCUUUCUCGCGGGCUCCUCGGCCUCGCGCAGGGUGUAGCCCAGGAAGGGAAGCUCGCCAGGCUGAGGCAGGUCAGGUGUGACGCGGAGUUCGAGGACAGCCUCGGCCGGGGGCUGGGGCCAGCCAUCGCCGGCACCUUCCAGGGCGCGGGCGUGAGCUUCGGCUUUGGCAGCUGGCUGCCGAGCCAGGCCACUGUCACCCGGAAAGACGUGCCAUCCCCGCUGAGGUGUGACUUGUUGGACGAACAUUCUCAAGACUGGGAUGAAUAG